GAUAAAUGUGUGAUGGCCUCCUCAGGGUUUCAGGCCGAUGUCACAGCAUUGCAAAAGGUUUUGGCAUCCAGGCAUUUGACCUAUCAACACCAGCACAAUAAGCAGAUGAGCUGCCCUGCGAUGGCUCAGCUACUUUCAAACACCUUAUACUACAAACGGUUUUUCCCUUACUACUCUUUCAAUGUCAUUGGUGGCCUUGAUAGUGAAGGCAAAGGGUGCGUUUUCACACAUGAUGUUGUGGGAUCAUAUGAGAGGGUUGGUUAUAGUUCUCAAGGUUCUGGUUCUACAUUGAUCACAUUUUUCUUGCAUAACCAACUGAAGUCUCCUAGCCCACUUUUGUUGCCUGCCCAGGAUGUUGUUACUCCCCUCUCUGAGAAUGAGGCUAUUCAUUUAGUGAAGACAUGUUUCGCAUCAGCAACAGAGAGGGAUAUUUACACUGGUGACAAGUUGGAGAUAAUGAUAUUGAAUUCUCAAGGGAUUCGCCGUGAAGAAAUGGAGCUUAGGAAAGAUUGAGAUUUGGUCAAUGAUCUCACUUUUCACCCUUGUGUACCCUUGUGUUCGGAACGCCUGCCAGAAUACUUGAAUUUUCUUUUCACAUUUUAUGGAUAUGCUUGUAUUUCCAUUUUUAUUUGAACUACUUUCUGACGAUCUUAGAAUAUAGACUGUGGUUGUUUGGUUUUAAAAAA